UUCCGGUGUCAUGGCAUCAAUUGCAAGGCCAAGGCAAAAAAGGGAGCACUAGAUGUUUGCUAGACCACUGUUUUUUGCUUCUGUUCUCCGUGGACUUCUUAGAAAGAACCUGGGAGACCUCCAAACUACAGCAAUGGAGGUGGUGACCUUUGAGGAUGUGGUCGUGAACUUCAGCAAUGAGGAGUGGACUUUGCUGAGUCCAUCCCAAAAGAACCUCUACAGAGAUGUGAUGGGCGAAACCUUUAGGAACAUGACUGCAAUUGGAGGACUUGGGGAUAUCCAGGAAGCUGAAAAAGAAUGCAAAAUUUACUGGAGAUACUUAAGAAAUGACAAUCUAGGGAAAUCCUAUGGACAUACAUCUUGGAAUCAGUGUAAAGAAGUAUCCCUUUGUACUGCAGAAGGUAAUGUGAAUGUGAAAGAAGCAGAAACACACCACAAUGUUCAGAUAUGUGAAAAAUAUUGCAGUGGAGAGAAAUCCUAUGUAUGUCAGCAAUGUGGAAAAGGGUUGACCAAAUCUGGACAUUGUAAGCAACAUGAAAUAAUUCACACUGGAGUGAAACCAUAUGUACGUAAGAAAUGUGGGAAAGCUUUUAACACAUGGGCAAAUUGUAAAAUACAUGAAAGAAUUCACACUGGAGAGAAACCCUAUGUAUGUAAGCAAUGUGGGAAAGCUUUUAACACACGGGGAGUUUUUAAGAACCAUGAAAGAAUUCACACUGCAGAGAAACCCUAUGUAUGUAAGCAAUGUGGGAAAGGUUUUACCCAACAUGGAGAUUGUAAGCAACAUGAAAGAAUUCACACUGGAGAAAAACCAUAUGUAUGUGAGCAAUGUGCGAAAGCUUUUAAAAGACGUGCAUAUUGUAAGGUUCAUGUAAGAAUUCACACUGGAGAGAAACUUUAUGUAUGUAAGCAAUGUGGGAAAGCUUUUAUCACACAUGGACAUUGUAAGGCACAUGAAAUAAUUCACUCUGGAGUGAAACCAUAUGUAUGUAAGCAAUGUGGGAAAGCUUUUACCCGACAUGGACAUUGUAAGGCACAUGAAAUAAUUCACUCUGGAGUGAAACCAUAUGUAUGUAAGCAAUGUGGGAAAGCUUUUACCCAACUUGGACAUUGUAAGCGACAUGAAAGAAUUCACACUGGAGAGAAACCCUAUGUAUGUAAGCAAUGUGGGAAAGGUUUUAACACACAUAGACAGUGUAAGGAACAUGAAAGAAUUCACACUGGUGAGAAACCAUAUGUAUGUAAGCAGUGUGGGAAAGCUUUUACCCAACUUGGACAUUGUAAGCAACAUGAAAGAAUUCACACUGGAGAGAAACCCUAUGUAUGUAAGCAAUGUGAGAAAGCUUUUAACACACGGCGAGAUUGUAAAAUACAUGAGAGAAUUCACACUGGAGAGAAACCCUAUGUAUGUAAGCAAUGUGGGAAAGCUUUUACCCAACUUAGACAUUGUAAGCGACAUGAAAGAAUUCACACUGGAGAGAAACCCUAUAUAUGUAAGCAAUGUGGGAAAGCUUUUAUCACACAUGGACAUUGUAAGGCACAUGAAAUAAUUCACUCUGGAGUGAAACCAUAUGUAUGUAAGCAAUGUGGGAAAGCUUUUAUCACACAUGGACAUUGUAAGGCACAUGAAAUAAUUCACUCUGGAGUGAAACCAUAUGUAUGUAAGCAAUGUGGUAAAGCUUUUACCCAACUUGGACAUUGUAAGCGACAUGAAAGAAUUCACACUGGAGAGAAACCCUAUGUAUGUAAGCAAUGUGGGAAAGCUUUUAACACACGGCAAGAUUGUAAAAUACAUGAAACAAUUCACACUGGAGAGAAACCCUAUGUAUGUGAGCAAUGUGGGAAAGGUUUUAACACACAUAGACAGUGUAAGGAACAUGAAAGAAUUCACACUGGUGAGAAACCCUAUGUAUGUAAGCAAUGUGGGAAAGCUUUUACCCAACUUGGACAUUGUAAGCGACAUGAAAGAAUUCACACUGGAGAGAAACCCUAUAUAUGUAAGCAAUGUGGGAAAGCUUUUACCCGACAUGAACAUUGUAAGCAACAUGAAAGUUCACACUCAAGAGAAAACCAGUGUAUAUAAGCAUCAUGAGAAUUUUUUGAGCACAAGUACAUAUUGCAUAAUGCAUGAAAAACUUCACACUGGGCAGAAAACUUAUAUAUGUAAGGAAUGUGGGAAAGGUUUCAGCAGAAAUGCUCAUUGUCCAAUACAUGAAAAAAUUUACACUGUUGAGAAACCCUGUUUAUGUGAAGCACAUGGGAAAGCUUUAACCACACAUGGAUUUUGUAAAAUACAUCAAAGACUCCACACUGGUGAGAAACCCUAUGCAUAUAACAAUGUGGCAAAGCUUUUAACACAUACAGUCAUUGCAAAACACAUGAAACAAUUCACACUGGGAUGAACCACUGGCUACGUAAGCAAGUGGAGACACUUUCAGCAGCCAGAUUGUAAGUGAAAUACAUGAAGAAACUCACACAAGAGAUAAAUCCUAUGUGUUAUGGGAAUAAUCAGCACACAUGAUCAUUGUUUUCAUUUAUCCCUAUCAACCUUAUGUUGUUCUGCUUUGUGUCAUCUUGCAGGGUUGAAUAGUUAUUUCCUGAUUUCUUGUUAUUUUGAAAAGAUCUUCCCUUUCCUGUUCACUGGCUGCAAUCUUGUCUUCGAGGUCUGAGAUUCUAUCUUCACAUUCAUUGAGGCAGUUUUUAUAACUUUCAAUGGAGUUUUUGAUUUCACUUUGCAUUUGCUUUAUGUAUUCUGUUUGUUUCUUACAGAGUUCAUCCAGGGAUUCUAUCUUUUUGUUUAGUUCCUCCAAUUUUUUAACUGUCUUCUUUAGAUAUGUUCAGAAUCUCCUUCAUUUCUUUUAACAUUUCGUUUUUUACCUACGAGAUUAUUUCUAGUUUGAAUUUGUUUAAUGCUUCCCAAAGUUGCUUCUUUAUUUCAGUUACUAUUAUUUCAGGUAUUUCAGUUAUGUGGAAUGUGUUUUCUUCUAUGCACAUGACUCCUAGGCUUUUUUGGGAUGGGAUGAAUGUUUGAGAUUGCAUUUUGGUCUUUCAUUUUGUCAUUUUGCUGUAUUUUCAAGCUUCAAGUGUUGUUCCAAGUGAGGGAGUGAGUUCACCAUGAUUGGGAUGGGAUUUCAUGCCUCGGCCGAACUUGCUGGCAAGGUAGGGAGUUCCCUCAGACUGGAAUUGGAAUCUGUUCCUCGGCCCCACUUGCUGGUCCCAGCCCAGGAAUCCGUGGACUGGUCCCCAGCUGAGCACGAGAGUUACUCCAAACUGGGAAAGGAUUCUGUGCCUUGGCCCGACUCCCUGGUUCUGACUCGCUGGUCCCAAACCACUGGUCCCAGUGGGCAACCAUGGGCUGGUCCCCAGGUGAGGAAAGGAGCCCCUCCAGACUGGGAUGAUAUUCCGUGCCUUGGCCUGACUUGCUGGUCCGGGCAGGAAACCACGGGUUCUACAUCAGGUUUGAUUAUUAACUGCUUUCACAUCCUACAACGUCUUCAAAGUUGUGUUUUUAUAAAAAUAGCUAUAUAAUGUUAUGCUUAAUUGUAUAGUCCCUGAUGAUGUGGACAAUUCUAUUGAAAAUAACAAGAGAAAGCAUAGUAAGUACUGUAUAUCACCUAAUAUUGUGGUCUUAUAUGUCUCUUUCAUAUCAUGAUUUUCUAGGAGUUUGUUUUGUUGUCUUAUUUUGAUCUGUUUUCCCCCAUAACACAGAAAGGAUAGAUAUCCACAUAGAGAUUCACACAUCGGAAGAAUUUCUAACCUAUUUAUUUGAACAAAUAAUAUAAUGCAUAAUGUAAUGAACAGAUACUCUGAAGAAGAAGUGACACUAAAAAACCCAAUGCUAAUUCUGUAGCAUUAUGAUAUAAAAUUGAGCAAUACUAUUAUGCACUGUUCAGAGUGAUAUUAGUCUAGUCUCUUAUUUUUUUGGGAAUUGUAAUUUUAACACGGCAUAGUUUUAAUCUUUUGAUGCACGUGCUUCAUUUUCUCUUUCAUAAAUGAUGUUUCUGAAGUUGAGGCAAUAUUUGGCAUUAAGAUAUACAUUUGUAGAUGCUUGGAGUAUGUGUUUUUGACAAAGUUGUGUUCUUUUCACAUAACUUGUACAUUAAUGAAUGUUAUGUUUUCCAAGUUGUGACAAGACAUCUGCUGAUUUCCUAACAUCACUGGAUAUUAUACCAUGUAAAUUAUGUUGCCUGAUUUUGUUUCUCAGUGGAGCCAAUAUUUGUUAUUUAAGUAAACCUUUGUUUUUCUAACCAUCAGAAUUUUACUUGUUAUGUUUAUAUUACAUCUUUUUUUGCUAGUAAGGUUUCCCCACAUGUACCAAAUGUAAACCAUACUACUGUGAAUUUCUGACUGUGCCAUACUGACAGAAUCAUAACUUGUCUCCAAUAGCACAUCACAAUAGAUAUAUCAAUAUCUCCAGAAAUUAUAAAGUUUGGCAUGAUUUAUGAGUAACCAAACUUUGAAAUCAAUUUUUCUUAAAUAUGGAAUUGUUUGGGGGGAAAAUGUUGUUAUUGGAUGUAUUGUGCAAAUGCCUUUAUUUUAUUCCUUGAUGCUGUGAAUGCAUUAUAUAUUUUGUAAUUAUUACUGUUUUUUCCUAAAAUACUGUAUUAAUGGCAUGAAGGGAAACCUAAAU